AUGGCCCUGCAGUUGCUGGCUCUGAGCUUUCUCCUGCUGGCAGCACAGGGCCAGGAAGAACCUGAUCCCAAGGUCCAAGGAGUGCCCUCGGAAACAGAAACAUGCCAAAGGCCCCAGUGGGACACAAGACUCCAGCUGGCACCAGACCAGGAGAAUUACAAGAAGAACGACGAAGUGAUGCUGAGCUGCCCUGAGGGUUUCCAGCCAUCCUUCACCCGUGUCAAAUGUGCAAGGGAAGUCCAGUCCAUCAGCCAUGGGAAACCUGUACACAGAGCAGUUUGGCGUGGAAGGGACAGCAGAGGUGACUGGAUCCGCAUUCGGUCCAACGUGGAGUGCAUCGAGGUCCUCCAGGUUGUCCCCGGGACCUUGGAGAUUUCCAGCACCAGCAUCAAACUGAACUGGACCUGCAGGCUCCCUGAUGCCUGCCAGAGCAUGCAGGCCAGGUGCCGGCUGGCAGGGCCUUCCGCUCCUCCCUGUGAGGCUGAAGAAGUGAAGGGAGAGGAGAGGCUACAUGGCCAGGAGGGAACAUUUACCUGUCCCCCUCUGCAGCCCUUCACUGACUACAGUGUCACCAUCUCCCUGCCCUCCAGCACGAUCCUUUUCACAUGGUUGAUCAGGACAGAGGAAACAG